CACAACACCACGUCUUUCGCAAAACAUCAACCCAAACAACCCCUCACAACACACUCACCCAUCAAUCUGUAAGUGGCACUUUCAUUUUUUCUUCCCAAUGAGAUCACCGAGUCCCAUCUUUGAGGUCAUCGCGCAUGUUUCUGUGCGCGGAUUCGAAGGUCAUGCUUUCACCCCGAGGCAACUUGGGCGGGGUAGCUGGGAGGGAAUCUCAGCUUUGUAACUCCACCUUGGAAACAAGACAUUCAUACCAACCCAUCACAGCCCCAUACCAUCCUCUCGAUGUUCCAUAACCUCAUCGUGUCUUCCCAAGAUUCCCAAACACUCCCGUCGCUGAUGCGCAACGCUUUUGCGAAAUGCCAACGGUUGUUUUGACCAGGUGACGGCCCAUCGAUCUUGCGACUAACCGCGCAUCAUUUUCACACAGCCUUCUGGCUCUGAAGCUGCUUGCUAAUCAUUCCAUAGCACCCUCAACACAAGACACAAACAUCAAUCGCAAUGGCUGAAGCCGGAAAGAAGACUGCGUGGAGCGAGGAAGAAAAGGUAAGAUAUCUUCUCAUUCACAUAUCCUUGAGAUCAUUGGACACGGAAUUUUGACAGACACAGAUGUCGCUCUUGCUGCAAAUCAUCAAGCAACAAGGUGGCGGAGAAAGCAUGAAGGUGAAGUGGCAGGAUAUCCAUCUCCCCGGACGUACUGCAAAGUCCAUGACCCACGUAUGGGCAAAGAUUCGACAAGAAGCCGCUGCCUUUGACGCUGGCGAGAAAGUUCCCGUCACCCCUCGCAAGCGCAAGUGUAAGUAUACAAGCCCCUCGGUUUUGUAAUUAUUACUGACGCGGCAUUGCAGCUGCAAAGGAUGAUGAAGGUGGCACUCCUUCACCAACCAAAAAGAAGGCAACCCCUAAAGCCAAGGGCAAGAAGGGCGCAAAGAAGGACGAAGACAGCGACAAUGAUGGAGACGCAGAUAUGGCCGACCUUCAUGAUGGCUCAGGCGAUGAAGUGAAGGCCGAGGACUCUGAUGAACAAUUGUGAUUGGGUUGUUGGGGCUGUAAGUUGCCUUCAUGCUUCGAUUAUCAUCCUUUCUCAUCCGCAAUACAUAGACUGACUUGUAUCGAGCACUGCAGGGUUAGGAUUGGUCUUCUUUCUCGACGAUAAUGACAUAUCAUGAGCAUAAGAUUUCUCACCAGAGCUGCUAUUGAGUUCUCGGUUUCUUGAAAAGGCUCAUGGUUUUUUUUUCUUCGCAAUCGGUCAAAAUGGGUAAUGACAUUAUGGAUUUCAUGGUUUUCAUGGUUUUGUUGGAAGGACGAGUCUGGCUGUCUUUCGCAAAGGGAAGCUUCAAGGUUGUGAAUAUUUGAGGUCGUUGGGAUGGGCGGAGGCGGCUUCUGCAUACAUACCUAGACUCGGUAGUUCUCCAAUCGCAGGCCAUAUAUGGUAC